GGGUUUUACGUAACAUGGCGGCGAAACACUACCGUCUGUUGUAGUUGGGAGCGAACCUUAUGCUAGCUAAUUUCCGUCAAAAAGCUGCUUUAUUAGCAAUAGAGCAUUGGCUACUUUAAUUUGUGAGUUAGUGUAAGUUCAGCUGAUAAAUCAGGCGUUGUUGCUGUUGCGGUUUUAGUAAAAACAAGAUGAAUUACACAACGAAAGUCGUCCAAGUGACGAACGUGUCGCCGAGCACAACAUCGGAGCAGAUGAGGACACUGUUCGGUUUUCUGGGAACCAUCGAAGAGCUGAAGUUAUUUCCACCAGAUGAUUCUCCUAUGCCGGUGACCUCGCGGGUGUGCUUUGUGAAGUUCCUGGAGCCAGAGUCUGUUGGCGUGUCUCAGCAUCUCACUAACACAGUGUUCGUUGAUAGAGCGUUGAUCGUGGUCCCAUUUGCUGAAGGGUCUAUUCCAGAUGAAGCUAAAGCUUUGUCUCUGUUGGCGCCAGCAAAUGCUGUUGCAGGGAUCCUGCCAGGAGGAGGACUUCUUCCAACACCUAAUCCCAUCCCUAAUCCAGCUCUUGGAGCGAAUCCGUUCGGUGCUCCAACCAUGGACGCGAUGGCUGCUUUUGGAUUUCCCGGACCCAAUAUGAAUCCCCAGGCUGCUGAUCAGCUGUUAAAGUUAAUGACAGAUCCAAAACUGAACCCCCUGGCUGCAGGUUUAAACCUGAAUGCAGGAUUGAAGGCUGAUGCAUCCAGUAAAGAAAUCGAAGAGGCUAUGAAGAGAGUCAGAGAGGCUCAGUCGCUCAUUUCUGCUGCUAUUGAACCUGGAAAAAAAGACAGCAAAAAGAAGCACUCCCGUUCGAGGUCCCGGUCCCGAAGGAGAAGAUCUCGAUCGCGUUCGAGAUACAGAUUGUCUGGUUGCAGGCGAUCAAGAAGCAGAUCAAGGCGACGAUCAAACUCCAGAAACAGGAGGCGCUCCAAAAGCCCACGUAGGAGACACACCCACUCCAGAGACCGAAGCAGACGAUCUCAAAGCCGGUCCAGAGAUAGAAAAAAAGAUGACUCUGGGAGAAGGAAAUCUAAAACGCCACCUAAAAGCUACAGCACAGCCAGGAGAUCACGCAGUGCAACCCGAAGACACAAAAGAAGCCGCAGCACCAGCCGAUCCCCUAAAAAGUCCCCUAAAAGGAGAAAUUCCAGGUCUCCAUCUCCUCGAAGACACAAAAAAGAAAAGAAGAGGGACAAGGAAAGAGACCGCAGGAGCGAUAAGGAACGCGUCCGUGAGGGCCGCGAGGGCCGCGAGGACCAUGAACGCUCUAGCAGCAAGAAGAAGAAAAGUAAAGACAAAGAACGGGAGCGGGAGCGGGAGCGCGAGAGGAAAUCGGACAGCGACAAAGGAGACGUAAAGAUCACCAGGGAUUACGAUGCAGAAGAACAAGGUUAUGAUAGUGAGAAGGAGAGGGAGGAGAGGAAGUAUUCAGAUGACUCUGCUCUGUCUCCGCAGUCGGUAGAAGGGAACGGCACCCCGCGUCCUGUGAAGCAGGCCAAAGUUAACGGUGCCGACGAUCACCGUGAGGAGGACAUGGACUUCAGCGACUAAGUGGUUUGACCUGCUUUGUCUCACAUUAGCUUUGUGUUUUGGUUGUAAAUGUCCUAAAAUAUAACAUUUCCUCCCUUUUGGGGUCAUUUUGAAAUGUAUCGAUUUGUGGCACAGAUGAGUUCUGUGCUUUUGCAAACGCCAGACGGUUUUUUCCCCCUGUGACAGUGUCUCCCUGCUUUAAGGUACUCGGAUGCUUUUCGCUUCUACAGAUUUAGUCAGUUUGAACUGGAAGUAGGCCUGCUUUGCGUUCCUUGAGCUUGUCUUUUGAGAUUGUCUCUUCUUUACAAUUCUGUUUAAUUGUGUGAUGUUCAGGUCUUUUCCCUCAUUGUUUUGAAACAAACAGAUCUGCUUCUUGUAAUUUCAAAGUGUUGAUUGUUUUAUCCAGGAUUUCUUUUAUAAUAAAGCCUGUUAGGAGAACUAA